AUGAACCUUGGGAUAAACAUUUACCGUCAUACUUUGACACAGUUAAAAGUUCAAGAUGAGAAUCUAAUCAUGUCUGAAAUCUUAUGUUUCUUAGUGGAGAAAAAACCAGCUGGGAGGGAUGUUGUGUUCUUGUUGGAUGGAUCUGAGAGUACUAGAACAGGAUUCCCAGCUAUGAAAGACUUUGUGCAAAGAGUAGUAGAGACACUCAGUGUGGAUGACAACAAAGACCGAGUCUCAGUGGUUCAGUACAGCAGAGAUCCAGCCGUCCAGUUCUAUCUGAACACAUACACAACAAAGGGCGAGGUCCUUGACACCGUCAGAGGCUUGAGGCACAAAGGCGGGCGACCCCUCAACACUGGAGCAGCUCUCCAGUACUUGAGAGAUAAUGUCUUCACGGCCUCUGCUGGAAGCAGGCGCCUGGAUGGAGUUCCACAGGUGCUAAUUCUGCUAAGUGGGGGAAGGUCUUUUGACAGUGUCGAUGCCCCAGCCUCUGCUCUCAAACAUCUGGGCGUCUUGACCUUUGCAAUUGGAACCAGGAGCUCUGAAAUGAGAGAACUGCAGAAGAUAGCUCAUGAUCCCAAUCACGCUAUGGCUGUGUCUGAAUUCACUGACCUUCCCACUGUCCAGCAGCAGCUUCAGUCCUCCUUGGAGACUGCAGUUAUCGACGUCAGCCCAGAAUCACCGACAGUACUUGGUAUGUUAACUAGCGAGAGCGCUUUCCAACUGUGACUUGUUUCGCCUACACUAAGGGAGAGAAAUAAAGUCUGAGUGUUG